CCGGCCGCCUUGCCCUGCUCCCACCCCGCUCUCGGCGGCUCGACUCCCUUCGCGCCUCUCGCCCACCCUCCCCGACCCUGCCACCCGGACUCGCAGAGGGAACUACUCUUCGGCCGAGUUGAAUGAAUGAAGAGAGACGCCGAGAACCCCUAAGGAAGAGAUCUGACAGGCUGGACUCCCCAUUGCUUUUCUAAAAAUCUUGGAAACUUUGUCCUUCAUUGAAUUACGACACUGUCCACCUUUAAUUUCCUCCAAAACGCCUGUAACUCGGCUGAAGCCAUGCCUUGUGUUCAGGCGCAGUAUGGGUCCUCGCCUCAAGGAGCCAGCCCUGCUUCUCAGAGCUACAGUUACCACUCUUCGGGAGAAUACAGCUCCGAUUUCUUAACUCCAGAGUUUGUCAAGUUUAGCAUGGACCUCACCAACACUGAAAUCACUGCCACCACUUCUCUCCCCAGCUUCAGUACCUUUAUGGACAACUACAGCACAGGCUACGACGUCAAGCCACCUUGCUUGUACCAAAUGCCCCUGUCCGGACAGCAGUCCUCCAUUAAGGUAGAAGACAUUCAGAUGCACAACUACCAGCAACACAGCCACCUGCCCCCCCAGUCCGAGGAGAUGAUGCCGCACUCCGGGUCGGUUUACUACAAGCCGUCCUCGCCCCCGACGCCCACUACCCCCGGCUUCCAGGUGCAGCACAGCUCUAUGUGGGACGACCCAGGCUCCCUACACAACUUCCACCAGAACUACGUGGCCACCACGCACAUGAUCGAGCAGAGGAAAACGCCCGUCUCCCGCCUCUCCCUCUUCUCCUUUAAGCAGUCGCCCCCCGGCACCCCAGUGUCUAGUUGCCAGAUGCGCUUCGACGGGCCCCUGCACGUCCCCAUGAACCCUGAGCCGGCGGGCAGCCACCACGUAGUGGACGGGCAGACCUUUGCUGUGCCCAACCCCAUCCGAAAGCCCGCGUCCAUGGGCUUCCCAGGCCUGCAGAUCGGCCACGCGUCGCAGCUGCUCGACACGCAGGUGCCCUCGCCGCCGUCGCGAGGCUCCCCCUCCAACGAGGGGCUGUGCGCCGUGUGCGGCGACAAUGCAGCCUGCCAGCACUACGGCGUGCGCACCUGUGAGGGCUGCAAAGGUUUCUUUAAGCGCACGGUGCAAAAAAACGCGAAAUACGUGUGUUUAGCAAAUAAAAACUGCCCAGUGGACAAGCGGCGCCGGAAUCGCUGUCAGUACUGCCGAUUUCAGAAGUGCCUGGCUGUUGGGAUGGUCAAAGAAGUGGUUCGCACCGACAGUUUAAAAGGCCGGAGAGGUCGUUUACCCUCGAAACCGAAGAGCCCACAGGAGCCCUCUCCCCCCUCGCCCCCGGUGAGUCUGAUCAGUGCCCUCGUCAGGGCCCAUGUCGACUCCAACCCGGCUAUGACCAGCCUGGACUAUUCCAGGUUCCAGGCGAACCCUGACUAUCAGAUGAGUGGAGAUGACACCCAGCAUAUCCAGCAAUUCUAUGAUCUCCUCACUGGCUCCAUGGAGAUCAUCAGGGGCUGGGCGGAGAAGAUCCCGGGCUUCGCUGACCUGCCCAAAGCCGACCAGGACCUGCUUUUCGAGUCGGCUUUCUUAGAACUGUUUGUGCUGCGAUUAGCGUACAGGUCCAACCCAGUGGAGGGUAAACUCAUCUUUUGCAAUGGGGUGGUCUUGCACAGGUUGCAAUGCGUUCGUGGCUUUGGGGAAUGGAUUGAUUCCAUUGUUGAAUUCUCCUCCAACUUGCAGAAUAUGAACAUCGACAUUUCUGCCUUCUCCUGCAUUGCUGCCCUGGCUAUGGUCACAGAGAGACACGGGCUCAAGGAACCCAAGAGAGUGGAGGAACUGCAAAACAAGAUUGUAAAUUGUCUCAAAGACCACGUGACUUUCAAUAAUGGGGGGUUGAAUCGCCCCAACUAUUUGUCCAAACUAUUGGGGAAGCUCCCAGAACUCCGUACCCUUUGCACACAGGGGCUACAGCGCAUUUUCUACCUGAAACUGGAAGACUUGGUACCACCGCCAGCAAUAAUUGACAAACUUUUCCUGGACACUUUACCUUUCUAAGACCUCCUCCCACGCACUUCAAAGGAACUGGAAAGAAACCUAAAACUGUCCAGAGGGGGCAAGUCACAAGGGCAGAGAUAUCCCUCUGAGCUGCCUCAGCUCUAGCCGGCCCCCGCCCCUUCCAUAAAACCCCCAGCCCCUUGAUCCCUAAAGAAAAAAACAAAAAAACAAAAACUGUUGCUAUUUCCUAACCUGCAGGCAGAACCUGAAAGGGCAUUUUGGCUCCGGGGCAUCCUGGAUUUAGGACACGGACUACACACAGUACAGUGGUAUAAACUUUU